AUGUCUAAAGAUUCCAAAGAUGCGGCCGUUGUGCCUACUGAACAGGAAAAGGAAGAACAAGAAGAAGUCCGUACAACUCUUGAACUUUUAAACCUUAAGGAACAUCCUGAACGUCUCGUCGAGUCCUUCAAAGUUGUCACGGAUGCGCAAGCUCAGCGCCGCAACCUCACCAACAACGUUAUCAUUAAGAACAAGCUUUUUAUUUCAUCUUUUUUCUUGAUUGCUGCAUUUAUUGUCUACCGCAUCCGCAUGCGCGCUGAUUCCUUUGGUAUGGAUUGGGGUAUGCUUAUCAUGUCACUUGGCGGCUUUGGCAUUGCUAUGUUUAGCAUCGUUGGAAGGUACACUGAGGAAAUUAUCGCUAUUGCCGAGCGCAUGGAUAUUGACGAAAUCUUUGCUCCUGAUGUGGAGGCCUUUUCUUUUAUCUACAAGAACCUCGUUGUUGGCACAGUUGCCAUCAAGCCUCCCCCUGACUACAAGCCCGGCCAAGAAGCUGUCGCUUCUGCUCUUGAAAAGUCUACAGAAGCUAUCGCCAAAAUGACUGAUGAAGAAAAGAAGCGCUACGAUGAGGAGCGUGAAACCAAGAUCAAGAUUUAUCAUAAACAACCUGAGGGCACUGCAAUGCUAACUGCUUGGACCGCGCUGCGUAGAUACCGUGGCAUUGGCAUGGGCAGUGAUCUAUUGGACAAGGCCAUUGCGGUGGCACGCGACCAGUUUGGUGCAAAGGCCAUCACCGCUCUGUGUGAAUCCACGGAGAAGCCCGCCAUUGCUGUACUUAAGAAGAAGGGCUUUGUUCUUGUUGAUACCAAGCUUACCCGUGGCCAGCGUGGUAAGUGGUUCCAAAUUAAGGAACUCACUUGGAAGAAGGUUAUCGAGCCUACUAUUAAAGAUAAGAAGGCCGACUCUUGA